AUGGCUGCUCCUCGUGGACGUCUCCAAGGCAAGAAUGCCAUCAUCACCGGUGCUGCGGGUGGCAUCGGCCUCGAAACCUCCAUCCUCUUCGCCCGCGAAGGCGCCAACGUCCUCAUGGCCGAUAUCUCCGAACCGGCCCUCGAGAAAGCUCAGGCCAAGCUGAAGGAAGUCGUCCCCCAAGCUCCCCGUGUCGAGACAAUCAAGUGCGAUGUUUCCAAGGAGUCCGACGUGCAGCGCAUGGUCGAGUCGCAAGACAGCUGGGGCGGCACGGACGUCAUUUUCAACAACGCCGGAAUCAUGCACGCCGACGAUGCUGAUGCGAUUGAUACCCCCGAGAAGAUUUGGGAUUUGACUCAUAACAUCAACGUGAAGGGUGUGUGGUUUGGUAGCAAGCAUGCUGUGCAGAGCAUGCGGAGGAACAAGAAGGCGAGGGGUAGUAUUAUCAACACGGCGAGUGUGGUGGCUUUGGUUGGUGCUGCUACGCCGCAGUUGGCGUACACUGCAAGCAAGGGUGCUGUUCUUGCGAUGACUCGUGAGUUGGCUAUUGUGCAUGCUCGUGAGGGAUUCCGGUUCAACGCCCUUUGCCCUGCUCCUUUGAACACCCCCCUUCUCCAAGACUGGCUGGGCGACGACCAGCCCAAGCGUUUCCGUCGUGAGGUUCACUUCCCCACCGGCCGUUUCGGUGAGGCCAUCGAGCAGGCCCACGCCGUCGUCUUCCUUGCCAGCGACGAGAGCAGCUUUGUCAACGGAACUGACUUCGUUGUUGACGGUGGCAUGACCAAGGCAUAUGUCACUCCCGAAGGACCCCCGCUGGCUGCUCCGCAGAACCUGGGGCACUAA